GGGACACUUCAAGUUGAUGGACCUUUAUCCUGUUUUCCUAGAUUUCACAUGAUAAAAGAUGAAGUUGAAAGAGCUGGAGAGUUGCUUACAGCAGGUGGAUGUGUUUGAAAAUCCCAAAAUACUUCUUGAACAAUAUCCAACUAGGCCACAUAUUGCAGCAUGCAUGCUCUAUACCAUCCAUAACACAUUUGGGGAUAUUGAAGAUAAGGUGGUUGCAGACCUUGGCUGUGGUUGUGGUGUCCUUAGUAUUGGUGCAGCUAUGUUGGGUGCUGGGUUGUGUUUAGGUUUUGAUGUUGAUAAAGAUGCACUGGAAAUAUUCAAGACAAACACUGAAGAGUUUGAGCUCACGAACAUUGAUAUGAUUGAGAUUGAUGUCUGCUCUUUGCCAGCUAACAGUUGGGUAAAAUCAGUUGACACGGUGAUAAUGAAUCCCCCUUUUGGUACAAAGCACAAUAAAGGUUUGGAUAUAGUAUUUCUAAAGACUGCGUUACAAAUGGCAAGAACGUCAAUCUAUUCUCUCCACAAAACAGCAACUAGGGAACAUAUUAAAAAGAAGGCAGCUGACUGGAAAGUGAAGAUAGAAGUCAUAGCUGAACUCAGAUAUGAUUUACCGGCAUCAUACAAGUUCCAUAAAAAGAAGUCUGUUGAUAUUGAAGUGGACUUCGUGAGAUUCUCAUUCAACUGACAUUCAGUACUUGGGGGGGGGAAAAAAACUUAAAAUCAG